AUGGCUACCACCCAGCGAUUACCCUCCCAAUCCUCGCAGGCUCGAGGCCACAAACUUAAUCCCAUAAUUGAGGAAGACAGCGAUGAUGGUCUUCAUCAAUUCGCAAAAGUCAGCCACCAAGCGAGGCGUCAGGAUACGUCGCAUCUGAAAAUCCAGGCCUGGUUGUCGCCCAUGAGCGACCACUUCCCGACGCCCCGUGGUGUACAUUAUCUUGCUGCUCCCAUUCUGCCGUCUGACACUGAGUCCUCAGCCGGCGACACCUCCCCAACCACGUCAUCCAACGCCUGGAACAGAAUGAGUGUGGGUACCCAAAACACCGAAUUUGAGGACUUGUAUGAUGUGUCCGACGACGAGAAGAGAACUCCUCCCAAGGUCUCUGCCCAGCGCUCGGACAGUACUUCAUCCAACAAGUCCCAAUACAUUCAAAUCCUCCUUCCGGUCCCCGAGGUUGAGCUCAAGAAAUCCGACGAGGCACCUCCUCCCACCCCUGGAGCCCAGCUUUCCAUGUCACCAGCACAACUGAACUUUAUGGACAAGCAACAAGCCUUGGAGAUCCCAACUAUCUCAGCCCCUCCAUCUCUAGAUGGCAGUCUGAGCUCCGAGCAGCUCGCCACAAUGAGCGCCCCCGCAACCCCAGUCGAAGACGACGCCGAGGACCCAGGAAAGGCUGCAUGGGAGGGUGUCCAGCUUCAGCCUGACGCUCUGCGAACUCUUCAAGCCCUCUCUGGUGACAGUGAAAGUAUCCAGGAGGCCAGUUAUGAAGCUAUCCCAAUCCAACAUGUUUCUCCAGAACCCGUUGUUGAGAUGCAGCAUUACCCGCCACCACGCCUGGUAACCCGUCUUCUUACUCCAGUGCUUUCGACCAGCACCCGCUCACGAACAUCUCUAUCGGAACUGUCAAAGCUCGAGAUCCCAUCCCCGGAAAACUUCUUUGGUUCGCUAUCUCCCCGCUCGAGAAACACAUGGCAGACAUCCACUGUCGCGACUUCAGAGAUGCCUUCUGAGGAGAUGGUACCGCCCACGUCCACAACUGCUGAACAAUUCUACCGCGCCCCUUGGAACGCACACAAUUCCGCGCCGCCCGUGCCCAAGCUGUCAGAGUUUGCCGAAGACUUCUAUAGAAGCAGUGGGCUCUCUUCCUCCCCAGUUGAGCAGGUAGUGGAGCUCCCCGAUGAUUUGGUUGAUGACAUGCCCACUGCCCGCCCCAUUGUCGUCAGUCUACCAUCCGAAGAUGUUAUCAAAUCACCCUCUUCUCCUGGCGCUGCAGAUAUUCCCACCGAGAUUGUCGUUGAUUUUGAUCCCGAGUAUGCUCGGAAGCAACAAGAAGAAGCUCUCUCCAACCUCGACCGCACUGAGCUUUGGCUCUUGGCGCAGCAUUCAUAUCUGAAGGUCAUUGGAGAUAGAGACGAAGAUGAUAAGACCCUCGAGACUAUCCGCGAGGGUGGUGAGACGGAAGAUGAGGAAGAGGAGAAGCCCAGCAAGGCUACCCCUCCAGCGGUAAUGGAAACUACUCUGGAGAAGUUUCCAUCACCACCCAGAAAGACGGUUCGGUUCUCAGAUCUGAAUUCAACAACAGCUCAACCAAAGCGCCUACCCUCCAAACUAGUGCGCCAAGAGUCAGCCUACUACCGUGCCUUUUUGGACUACUUUGUCCGAGCACAUGGUGGUGAUGCAUUUGUUCACCAGCUUUCCCGCUUUGAAGCCCUCCAGGCUCAGCGAGUUUCUCUCCGCCAGUCCCAUCUCAAUCAGCUCCUUGGCAAAUACCAGCUCAGUGUCGUCCCCCAAUCCGCCAAGAAGCGACUCAGUACCAACGUCGUUCGCGGCGAUGACACAAUCACAGACGACCUUGAGAAGCUGCGACGGGAGAAAGAGUGGGAGGCAGCAGCUCAGAUGUCAAUGCCCACAUGGCACGUCGCUGCUACCAAAUUCUUGAACGGAGGCAGCCUGAUUACCUCGCCAGUGACAAAGCGACUAGCUCGCCUCUCACAGAUGGCUCCAGGCAAGGACGGCAUUACCCGUGACCGUGCAAGAAUCUUGGACCUCGGUGGACAGUCUACUUGUGAUUGGGCCUGGCACUGCGCCCUGCAGUAUCCCAAUACCAAGGUUUACACCGUCACAACGAAGGCAGUCCGACAACUGUCCAACGCGAACAUUCGCGGACCCCCAAACCACAGGCAGGUUGCAGUAGACCGCCUCACUCGCCUGCCAUUUGGCGAUAAUCAGUUUGACCUCGUUUACGCCCGGGAUCUCCACAGCAUUCUCAAGCUAUUCGGCGAGAAUGGCCAAGACGAGUGGGAGAUUUGCCUGCGCGAGUGCAUGCGAGUGCUCAAGCCCGGCGGCUACAUCGAGUUUUCGGUUCUUGAUUCAGAAAUCAUGAACGCCGGUCCUCUCGGCCACGCCAAGAGUGUCGAGUUCGGCUUCUCCCUGAAGACGCUCGGCUACGAUCCCAACCCAACCAAGAUGUGGCUUGGCCGUCUUGGCCGUGCAGGCUUCAAGAACAUCCGCCGAACAUGGCAAUGCCUCCCUCUUGGCCCAAAGAAGAACCUAAACACCUACGGGCUUCACAUCUCUGAAACGUCAGAGAUGGGCAGCAGCGAGAGCAUCGCCGGCGUCUGCAGCAUGGUCGGUGGCUGGAACUGGGAGCGGUGGCUCCUCCGAUGUGAGAUCGAGAAGUGCGCAGGGGAGAUGCGCCUGGCUGAUACCGUCACCGCCGGAGCGGCCAUGGAGGAGGCCGGCAAAUGCCUGAACGGCGUUGCCGCCUUGAUCGAGGAGGGGAGAAACUGCAAUGCGGGCUUCCGAAUGCUCUCUGGCUAUGCCAGAAAGCCCACUAUCAACGUUGAUGAAGCAUAA